ACUCAAAGAGCGACUGAGCAUCCAAACCUUCGAAGACAGCGUACAAAUUGUAUUCUCGCUUUAGGUAACCGAACGCCAGGCGCAAAUACCAGCACCACAAAUGCAAGAUGAAUUCGGACCAAACAAUGCAGAUGCCAUCUGGGCCGCCGCCUGCGUCGCAGAGAGUUACAUGCGGCGACUACAGCGGGGAGAGAGACAGCUAUGGGGCAGCGGGGAGUCUGGGCUAUGGCGGCAUCCCGCCUACGUCGACCAGCAGUUACGGUUCUUUUGGCGUACUCUCCAACUUAUCCAGCGUCGGGGCCGGCACGCCGACAUUGCCGCUGCUGCUGUCCACGCCGCCUUCAACAAGCACAUUCAAGACGACGACGACGAUGAACCCGAUCCCAGCAUCGACAUCUUCAACUUCCCCUUUGAUCCAAACGCCCACCCCUUCCAAAUUAAUCCCAAUUACGAUGACGAACCCGACUACGACGCCGUCAACGCUGCUCUCGCAGCCUACGCAGCAGCCGACGCAGCAGCCAACGCCCCCAACAACAAUGAUGCCCCUCUCCCUGACGACCAUGUCGCUGACGACGCCGCCCCAGCUGCAGACCCAGUUGCCGACGCAGCUGUUGCCGAUGCCAACGCUGGAGGACAUUGAAGUAGCAACACAACAGCAACAUCAGCAGCAACAGCAACAGCAGCAGCAACAUCAGCAGCAGCAACAACCGCCGCCGCCGCCGCCAUCGCAACAAACGCAGCCAGCCGGCAUACUUAAAUACCCAACACCAUCGACCAUCGGCUAUGUAACCGAGCUGCUGCCACCGGCCCCGGGGCCCAACCUGGCCAACAGCGCCAGCAGCUCCAUUAACAGCAAUUGCGGCACACUCAAAAGCAAUGCCAAGCUGCUGCCCCUCCAGCUGGUGGCAAAUACGGCGCCGACACGCAAAGAGCCGCCGUCGGCGGCCUCCGCUGGGCAGUCGCAGCAGCGCGCCCGACGCCAGGGCUGGUGCGCCUGCUUCGGCUCGGGGCCCAGUGCAUCGGAGGCCAAAGCGCCGCCCGGCUAUGCCACCAAAUCCAAGAAACGCAAACAAACGGCUCAAACGGUUUGGUCCGCUCUGCUCACCAAUUUGGGCAUCUGCAUGCUGCUGCUGGCCUACACGUUGCUCGGCUCCUUUAUAUUCCUAACCAUCGAGAACGAGGACUCGGCGCUGCUGCAUCAACAGCAUACGCUGGCAUCCACCAAGCGCAACAGCAACACCAAUGGGAAUGGCAACGGCAUCUAUCAGCAGCAAAGGUCGCCGCAGACGACACAGCAACAGCAACAACAACAACAACAACAGCAGCAGCCUGGAAUACACUCGGACAAUGACACGGUGGCCGCUGCAGUUGCCCUGGGACAGGGACAGGGACAGGAUCUGAGCCAUGGCGUCGAGCGUGGCGCGUAUGGUCAGGCAUCGAAUGACUUUGUUUAUGGAUUGGAUGACAACGACAUGGAUGGGGGGCAGACGCAGUUUGCCUUAUCGCCGGAUACUUAUGAUGUACGGCAGCGCACCAUUGAGAAUAUCUGGGACAUAACCGUGUCUCUCAACAUACUCUACAAGGAGAACUGGACAAAAUUAGCCGCACUUGAAAUUGCCAAGUUUCAAGACCAAUUAAUCAAGAGACUGAACGAGGAUGUUAUGCUGCAAUUAUCACACGACGAUGUGGCUGCCGGACAUUCGGCUGGUGGUGCUGCUGCCGGGAGUGGCGGUGGCUCAGCUGGUUCGGCCAACAAUCCAGCCACAGAAGCUGUGCUCCUUCACACACACUUUCAUCAUCAUCGCCUUGGUGGCGGCGGCGGCGGUGGCGGCGUGGGUGGACCACCGCAUGAAUGGAAUUUCGCCAAAGCGUUUUUGUAUUCGCUGACCGUUUUGACCACAAUUGGCUAUGGCAACAUCGCACCUCGCACAGCGCUCGGCAGGAUCGUGACGGUGGCGUAUGCCUUUUUUGGCAUCCCCCUGACGCUCGUCUACCUGAGCAGCACCGGCAGCAUCCUGGCCAAGGUGGCGCGCGAGGUGUUCUCGAAGGCGCUGUGCUGCUGCCUGUGCUCCAACUGCGGCUACUGCUGCUACGACGAGAAGCGCAUGGCCGAGAAGGAGCGUCGGAUGAAGCGCAAGCGCCAGCAGGAGGAGCUACGCAAGCAGCAGGCCGUCAUGCAGGAGCCGUACUAUGUGCGCGACGUUUACCAUGCCACGCCCGAGAAGCAACCGCCACCAGGAGGCGGCGGCGGCGGCGGCGGCGGCAGCGGCGGAGUAGGUGGCGCCGGGGGCGGAGCUGGCGGUGGGGGUGGCGUUGGUGUUGCUGCCACCUCCACUGGCGGCACACCCACUGGCAUACCGGGUCUGGGCAUGCCCGCAGCACCGCCCCCCGGCGGCGGCGGCGGCGGCACAAGCGGCACGGACAUCGAUUCGCUGAGCGCCAGCGAGUCGCGCGGCUCAAUGCACGGCCUGAGCAUCCUGGCACCCAUUCUGCUCUGCUUCUCCAUGAUGAUCAUCUACAUAGUGUUCGGGGCGGCGGUGCUCUACCGGCUGGAGAACUGGCCCAUUAUCGACGGCAUCUACUUCUGCUUCAUGAGCCUCUCGACCAUUGGCUUUGGCGACAUGCUGCCCGGACUGCGACGCGACUCGAAUGCCACCACCUGGUUCUGCUCGGUGUACAUCAUGUCCGGCAUGACGCUGACGGCGAUGUGCUUCAAUGUCAUCCACGAGGAAAUCGUCCAUCGCAUACGCAUCGUGGUCGAGUUCAAGAAGGCUGGCAACGCCGCAGCUGGCGGCGCCGCCGGCUCCCUGCUGGAUGUCUCGCACGAGGAUGGCAAUCAGUACUAUAUGCCCGCCUCCUGACACUAUGAGAAGCGCGGCCAUCUCUAUCAGCGCAAUCCCACCGAGGAGACACUGGUGACAGACACGCCCACUUCGCUGGUGCUGAAGGAUUAUGUGAACCACGAGCUGGUGCCCAUUCUGACCAUGGACCCGAACGGCUCGCGCCUGGGCCUGGCCCAGGCCCAGCCGGCGCCCGUCUAUGCGAACCAAACGGACAACACGCUCAGCAGCCCGCUGCUCGACGGACAGAUCAAGCCCGGCGUCUACACGCUGGCCGAGGAAACGGAGCUCGAGCUGCAGGCCGUCCACACGGAGACGCAAGUGGAGCGCGUCUAGAGGGCGCGCCCAGGCCGAGAUUAGCGUUUAGGUUUAGUUCUUAGUCCUUAGCCAAGUCAGUUUAAUGUGUACAAUUACCAAUACUAACGAGUUUUUUUUUUGUCUAGUAUGUGUGUGUGAGAGAGUGUGUGAGAGAGUGUGUGUGUGAGUGUUCGUGUGGGCCAUGCCCGGAUAAAUAACAAAAAAGAGAAAUAAGAAAACCAAAUGCCUAGCCCUAAGUUUGACUAUCACUGUAUAUACGAAAGAUAGAGAGGGAGAGAGAGAGAGAGAGAGAACGAGUAGGAGAGAAGGAAAGAUAGAUAAUGAAAGAGCAAGCUAGCCAGCGAGCUGCUUGUGCAGGCGUGAAAGCGAGCGAGACAGCAGUAGUUUUAGCCUUAGCUAGAGCGAGACGGCACGUGACGAGCUGAGACGUAAACAUUUCCGUAGCAUGUAAGCACAGUAAACUGAAUAGAGAGCAGCCACUAGGUGUGCUACAUACCGUAAUUAGUCAAUGUAGUGAA